GAGGAGGGGCCGACAGGGAGGAAUCUGGGCAUGCUGCCGCGCAUGCGCCUUUCGCGAGCAACAAGUGGGCUCCACAGACAGAGGAAGUGUAAAGGGGGGGUGGGGGACUGGUGCAGAGCAUGGCGGUGACGUCAGCGCUCCGCCCGGGCGGCAUCCCGCGCGGCCAAGCCGGGGACAGCGCAAGCCGCAGCCGGAGCUGCGCCUCCGGAACGUAGAGUAACAAUCACAACCCCACAUUCCAGGCGAGCGCGAACGGGAAGGGAUGCGACCCGGGUGGAGGCGCCGAGCGAGCGCCCUGCAGCCAACGUGAGCGCCGCCAGCCUCUGGUGGCCGGAGAGGUGGUCAGGCCAGGGGGCGGUGGGAGCCUGUGUGCGUGCGCUCCUUUCCUCUGCUCUCGUGUGUCUUGGAAACGGUGGCCCCGGCGGCUCCCUCCGGCGUGCAAACCCAGGCGCCGCCAGCGCAACGGCCGUCGCUGCGGAGGGGAAACGCUCCUCUCUUGGCAGCCACCUCCUCCCCCGGAACCUCCCGGGGAAUCAGCGGCUUCAGCAAGAUUGGACCUGGGCACCGGGUGGCACAACCUUCUAACCCUCUCCCCGGGGCGCCUGGCUUAGAGAGGAUUCAGAUCGUAGGGGGACUCCCUCCCCCCUUCGCGCUUCCACGCUUCAAUCACUCCGGGGAGGGGGCCAAGAGGCCACUGGCGGCCGGUCCCGGACACCCUAGCCCCCUCCCCCCAGGCCCGGAGCUCGCAGCCCUGAUCCACCGCACCAGGAAGAAGGCUCCGGGUGCUCCUCUCCGGACGAGACAGCCGCAGUAGGAGGUGGGGGCGAGGAGCGUGCGGAACCCGUCGGCCGCCUGGGCGGUGGAGCCCCCGCCGAGAGGCACUACAGCGCCGGCAGUGGAGACUCGCGAUCCCUCCCUCCAGCCCCUGGGGCAGAACUUUCUCGCCCCCCUCCCCCGCAGCCGAACUCCUUCCCCAGCCAAGCUAGUCCUCCCGUAGGAGAAGGCGCCGCGGAGACAGCCCGGGCGGGGGCCUACCUUCCCCGAGGCUGGCAUCAUGUCGGCGGCGCAGGUGUCCUCGUCCCGAAGACAGUCUUGCUACCUGUGCGACCUGCCUCGCAUGCCCUGGGCCAUGAUCUGGGACUUCUCCGAACCCGUAUGCCGUGGUUGCGUCAAUUACGAAGGCGCCGACCGCAUAGAAUUCGUGAUCGAGACAGCACGCCAGCUGAAGCGGGCGCACGGAUGCUUCCAAGACGGCCGCUCCCCCGGGCCGCCGCCGCCAGUCGGGGUCAAGACAGUGGCCUUGUCCGCCAAGGAAGCGGCGGCAGCAGCUGCCGCGGCGCAGCAACAGCAGCAGCAGCAACAACAGCAACAGCAGCAGCAGCAGCUCAACCACGUCGACGGUUCCACCAAGCCUGCAGUGUUGGCCGCCCCGUCCGGUUUGGAACGCUAUGGCCUGAGCGCAGCAGCCGCCGCGGCUGCCGCCGCCGCCGCCGCGGUGGAACAACGCAGCCGUUUCGAGUAUCCGCCUCCCCCGGUGAGUCUGGGGAGUAGCAGCCACGCCGCCCGGCUGCCCAACGGCUUGGGAGGUCCUAACGGCUUCCCCAAGCCGGCACCAGAGGAGGGCCCCCCGGAGCUGAACCGCCAGAGCCCCAACUCAUCCUCAGCGGCAACAUCGGUGGCUUCUCGGCGUGGGACACAUAGUGGGCUGGUGACCGGACUGCCCAACCCGGGUGGUGGUGGGGGACCUCAGCUCACUGUGCCCCCCAACCUAUUGCCGCAGACGCUGCUUAAUGGCCCCGCCAGCGCCGCGGUACUGCCUCCGCCCCACGGGUUGGGGGGAAGCCGAGGGCCCCCGACUCCAGCACCUCCAGGUGCUCCCGGGGGGCCCGCCUGUCUCGGUGGUCCCCCGGGUGUGUCGGCCACCGUAUCCUCCGCUCCAUCAUCGACCUCCUCGACGGUGGCAGAGGUGGGCGUGGGUGCUGCUGGCAAGAGGCCUGGAUCGGUGUCGAGCACGGACCAGGAGCGUGAGCUAAAGGAGAAGCAGCGCAACGCUGAGGCCUUGGCCGAGCUGAGCGAGAGCCUGCGCAACCGCGCGGAGGAGUGGGCCAACAAGCCCAAGAUGGUCCGGGACACGCUGCUCACGCUGGCUGGCUGCACGCCCUACGAGGUGCGCUUCAAGAAGGAUCACUCGCUGUUGGGUCGCGUCUUUGCCUUCGACGCGGUCUCUAAGCCCGGCAUGGACUACGAGCUAAAGCUGUUCAUUGAGUAUCCCACGGGCUCUGGCAAUGUGUACUCCAGCGCGUCUGGGGUGGCCAAACAGAUGUACCAGGAUUGCAUGAAGGACUUUGGCCGGGGUCUGUCCUCUGGCUUCAAGUACCUGGAGUACGAGAAGAAGCAUGGCUCUGGCGACUGGCGCCUACUUGGGGACCUGCUGCCCGAGGCUGUGCGCUUCUUCAAGGAGGGCGUGCCUGGCGCGGACAUGCUGCCCCAGCCCUACCUAGAUGCCAGUUGUCCCAUGCUACCCACGGCGUUGGUGAGUCUCAGCCGCGCCCCCAGCGCUCCUCCAGGAACUGGAGCCUUGCCACCCGCGGCGCCCACGGGCCGGGGUGCAGCGUCCAGCCUGCGCAAAAGGAAGGCAUCCCCGGAGCCUCCAGACUCAGCUGAAAGCGCACUGAAGCUUGGUGAGGAGCAGCAGAGGCAGCAGUGGAUGGCAAACCAGAGCGAGGCGCUGAAGCUCACUAUGUCCGCUGGGGGCUUUGCGGCUCCGGGACACGCAGCAGGGGGACCGCCUCCGCCCCCUCCACCUCUGGGACCUCAUUCCAAUCGGACCACCCCGCCGGAGUCAGCCCCCCAAAACGGCCCGUCCCCCAUGGCCGCGCUCAUGUCAGUAGCAGACACUUUGGGCACAGCGCAUUCGCCCAAGGAUGGCAGUUCAGUGCACUCUACCACUGCAUCUGCUAGGCGAAACAGCAGCAGCCCGGUGUCGCCCGCCUCCGUGCCGGGGCAGCGUCGCUUGGCAUCACGCAAUGGGGACCUGAAUUUACCGGUGGCGCCCCCGCCGCCUAGCGCCCACCCGGGCAUGGACCAAGUGCACCCCCAAAACAUUCCGGAUUCCCCUAUGGCCAACAGCGGACCCCUCUGCUGUACCAUUUGCCACGAACGUUUGGAGGACACGCAUUUCGUUCAGUGUCCGUCUGUCCCUAGCCACAAGUUUUGUUUCCCUUGUUCUAGAGAGAGUAUCAAAGCCCAGGGGGCCACAGGUGAGGUAUAUUGCCCCAGCGGAGAGAAAUGCCCCCUAGUCGGGUCUAAUGUACCUUGGGCCUUCAUGCAGGGCGAAAUUGCAACUAUCUUAGCUGGGGAUGUUAAAGUGAAAAAAGAGAGAGACCCUUGAACCGCAGGGCAGCGACCUCCUUUGCCCUAGACCGCCACCUCUUCACUCUAGAGGGCCCUUCCCCCCACCUGCCUCCACCUUCCCUAUCCACCAAGAUGUAGAAUUGUGAAUAUAACUGCAAAAAGUUAGUCUUCUGUAUAGACAUUAUUUUCGUCGUAUGUUUCUAUAUUUUGAAACAGGUAUGUAACUUCUUCAUUUGAAGGAUAAGCUGGUUUGUGUUAAGCAGUAUAAUAUUGAUUGGGUCUUUCGCAUCAUAUUCGUUAGCAUUUAUUUGGUUGGCAGCGUGUUUGCCUAGGUACAGAAUUAAUAGCCCUUAGCCACGACUGCCGCUGGUGUGUAUUUUUGUAAAUGUUAUGCACUCUGAAAGGAAAAAAAAACACAAAAGAAAAAGAUUUUGUUGUUUUUGUUUUGCCAAGGCCAGUGUUGCUGCCUAAAAAAAAUAAAAAAAUAAAAAAUAAAAAAAAUAAAUUGAUGCUAUAAAGUGGUAAAAGCUUCUUCUAAACAGCCCCAAGUGUUGGAAGUCUUCACUUGAUUUUGUUUUGUUCUGUUUUGUUUUCCUGUUUUGUUUGCAAAAUGGUAAGGGGGGGGUGUUGGGAGGGGAUGGGUGUUUUUUUUUUUUUUUGUUGCAAGUUUGUGAAGGGGGAAAAUGUUUCGGUUUGUUUCUACUGACCUGAAUGUGUUGGAUCUUCACGUGUCGUUUCGUUUUGCCUUUAUUGAUGCACGGAUGCUUUUGAACAGUAGAGCGAAAUGCUAGACAUGGAGAACUUGCUCUGUUUGUCCUUUAUACAUUUCUGUAGUUAACAGAACACUGUAAUGUGCCUUGGAGCUUAGUAACUUGUAAUAAAUUCAAUUGAUAUUAA